ACGAUGGUAGAGCCCAAUAGGGAUUCUUACCCUAUGCACCUUGUGUAGGCAGAGCAUCAUGUUCUCGGGGGCUGCCACUACCCCAGCACCUUUCAGAUACUUGAUCAAAGGAAAGUUCAAAUAGCUGUGGCAUUCCUUGCUGGGAGUUACUCUGGGGAUGCAAAGAGCCACGCAAUGUCUUCCCCCUGGAGUCUCUUCCUUCAGUUUUUGUGCCUGACUUGGCUUAGCGCCUGUCUGCCUGCAGACUGCAGUGUGGUGGCCAGGGCAGACCGUCUGCAGAGCCUGGCCACUCCGCUGUGUGAUUUACUGCAGGGGCCAUCUUCACAAUCUGCAGCUGUUGAGAAGCUGCCCAGCCUGGAGGAUUUGGGAGCAAGAGGCUGCUUAGAACAAACCAUGUUCUAACUUCUCUAUAGCCCCUAACAAACCUGGACCGGGUGGAGACAAAUCAAAGGGAGAAGAGAAACCUGGCAAUGUCAAAGUUCAAGGCUGGGGUUGGAAGUUGUGGGGCUAGGUUCCCACGUCGGCUAUGAAAAUCUCAACUUGAAGGAAAAGUCUACAACAGGGAGCCAGUUGUAUAUUUUCAGGAUAGCAGCUGCCGUUUAGCAAACGUACUGGCACUCACUGCUGGCUUUGUUCUCCAAGGACCCUGGAAUUUACAGUCAAAUGGCUCCAAUCCGGGCCACGCUGCUGCUGCUGUUUGCGAGCCUGCUCCAGGUCUCUGCCCACAAGCUGCCAGCCAUCCAGCUCAGUGGCCGAGAUGGCACAGUUCAAGAGAGCCCGGCAGCAGGCGGGCUUCCUGCGGCUGGGGGCUCUCAGCGGGGCCAGUGGGUGUGGGACACAGCAGGGGCUGGGAGCACUGACUUCCCCGUGUUUAUCCGCGAGAAGAGGGAAGCUGAGGUGAAGUCAUCCAAUUCUUCUGCUGUAGAGACCACCACCACCGGCCACCACAACACAUUCUCCAUGACUCCUUCUGAACAUCCCGUGGAAGAAACUGAGGUCUCUCUAGCUCCUGAGGAGCUAGAUGAAAGUACGUCCCAAGAAAACUUCUAUGAUGAUGAUGCUACCACUACAGCAGAGCCAUUGUCUGCUGACAGCUCUGACGUCUCCACAGAAGCGGCCGGAGUUACAGUGGGCAACCAUCUUGAUACCUUAGCCAAGGUGGUUCCAAUUCAGGGCUCCAGAACCGUCUCCUCAGAAGCGGCAGCCACUGGGAUAGAAGAUAUCCUCACGAGCAGCACGGAGAGUCGGGAACAUGGCUCCUCCAUCAGGCCAGUGGGAAUGAAGGGGCUGGGGGAAAGCUCACCGACUUCACCACCUGAAUCUCUGACACAGUCCUUUGAAGGGGACCUGCUUGUGAAAGAGUUGGCCACUUGGAGGCAUGGCCUCUCCAAGGUGGGAAAGACCCAUUCUCCUCCCAUGUGGCCCCCGGCAGGUGGCUCUGUCACAGCAAAUGUCCCCUUGCAGAAGCUGCCAAUUCACACAAACAUCCUGGUGGGGAAGUGUUUGCUGGCCAUCUUCAUCCUAGCCCUUGUGGCUGCCAUCUUCAUCAUCUGCACCACCGUCUUCGCCACCCUGCUGUGGCGCCAGAAGCGUGUCUGCCAGGUGCGCCAGCUCAACACUGAGAUGGUGUGUAUCUCAGCCCUGCUGCCCGACAGCGAGACGGUGGCCAACGGGGAGAAGCCCAGCAAGGUAAAGAGGAUGAAGAUGCCCACAGACAAUAGCUCAGAGACCGAAGGGGACAACCUGACUCUGAGCAGCUUCCUGCCGGACCAUUAAGCACCUUGUCACCUGCCCAGGGGUUCUCCGAUUCUCAUUUCCUGGGCCAUCCAGCCCCCUCCUGGGCACUGGAGUGACCCUCUCCAUCCUGACAUCUCUUGGGUGCAGUGUCCUAGGUGGCCAUUUAACUCGGCUUAAGGUUGCCUCAGUCUGUGUUACGUGAGUAGGAGAUGUACUGUACUUAGCCACGUACUUAGCUGAGCAACCACAACCCCAAAAGGCACUUGGCAUCUGGCAAGAGAGUCUUCAGCGAAGAGCAUUUGCCAGGAGCAGACACUGCUGAUCAUAUGGAAUGGGGGUCCUGGUGAACCUGGUUGGUUUUUCCAUCUGGCUUGGGGAUUUUGAAACUGCUGUUCUGUCCUCUUGACCUUUACCUGCCUGCUGCAUUUUUGAUGUUCUCUCUAGCAUGGGCACAAGGGGCCAGAUCCUUAGCUGGCAUGAAUCAGACUGCUCCUGGGAAGCCGAAGGAGUUACCCCCAGCUGUGGACCUGGCCCAGACAGUGUUACAACUGGGACGCUGCUUUAAUUUAUACUAAUGUACAAGGGGCAUGUUACUAUUUUGCACUUAAAUGGGUGAAGGAAUCUCAAUUUAAUGUUCUUUGUUCAAAUGAAUAACAUAAAAAUCUCUGUGUA